AAGCUCCAACCACCAACCACCAACCGCCCCCUCCACCUGUCGGCAUUCGCCCAAGUUUCUAUUCUCAGAUUCGCGCAAAGUUUUCCCUAGUCUAGUUGGUAGUCUGUCCUGCCCCUGCACUAUCCUUGGAUCCUCCUCCACUCGUUCCAACUUUCCCGUAAACUGUAGGCAUUUCGGCGCCGGUGCACCCGUGUCCACUCCCCAACUGCGGCUGUGGGGAAGAAUCGUGGUGGCUGUCCGAUAUAAAGACGCUGGCCAUCCCCCUCCAUUUCAGCCUUCAUCUAUCACGCACCAUCCUCCUCCCUUUCUCCCACAUCCACUGUUCUAUUUCAGGAUCGAACCACGAGCCAUAUUCUUUCUAUUUUAAUUUUCCAACUUCUUCAUCCACCUCUCUCCCACACCAUCCACAAUGAAGUUCCUUGCCUCUCUUGCCCUGUUGGCGUCUACUGUGGCUGCUGGCCCAGUGCUGUACCCCCGCCAGUCCAGCAACUCCACCCAAUCCUUCUACCUCAAGACCUCGGGCGCUACCAAUGACGACCACAACAACCUCUACGUUUAUGCCUACCACACCGGUGCGGGCUUUAACGAUGCCGUGCUCACCUCGGACGUCGGAACGGCCAGCCCGGCCUUCCUGAACGGCACCCACACCCAGUUCGACCUGGGCACCUCUUUCCCCUGGGGAUUCAAGAUGGGCGUCCAGAACAACUAUGCAGCAUGGGAGUCCGUUCAGAUCAAUGUUGGAUACGGCGAUGAUGACUUCUCCAUUGGUUCUACCGGUUUGGAGUGGUCGGCACAGGAUGGCUUUGGAGGCUGGCUAGUGUGCGACUGGUACCACAACGCACCCCAGCUCUUCUACAUUUACCGCUAUGAGGAGCCCACUAUUCCGUCCUCCUGCAGUACUGUCGACCUGACGCCCGAAUACCCUUCCUAGAGACACGACG